AUCAAUGUUUUCAUUUGUAUUUAAAUAGUAUUUCUAAUUUUACGUGUAAUUUCCGCGCGGAAAUACACAAACAGCGUUUCGUUUUGUAACGUUCUGACAUAUACAGAUGUUUUUUAUAAGUUCAGGUGUACCAAAACAAGAUUGUUGACUUUUCUAGCCUAUAUUUCAAAGUUUUUCGUAUAUCAGCACUUCAACUGUAAAUACUGGUCUGUUUGUUUUAAAAAUAAAAAGCGAUGGCAGACGUUGCUCAGGACAUUACAAAGCAUUCCAUGCACACACUUGUGUUUCGAAGUUUGAAGCGAUCACAUGACAUGUUCAUAUCGGACCAAGCUGCUCCAGUUCCAAACAAUGACGCAGCGUCAAAAUUGAGUAGAAGUGUAAAGACAGUUUCCGAGUAUGGACCUGUUCUUCAUAUGGCUAAAGACAAAAAGAAAACGGCAAAAAUUACUUCAGCAACUAAUGGUACACAAGGUGAUAGCUCAAUGUUGGCUAUAAUGGAUUCAAACCAAAAAGAUAUAAGCAAUGGUACUGCUAAAGCAAAGAGUUCCGCGAAUGUCACAGUAAAUCCUGAUGACAUUCAACGUCUUCAUGAAACCAACAAAGCACUGUUGGCAGUAAACAGUCGUCCUAUCGCACCUCGUAAAGCACAAAUUAUGCCCAAACCACGGUGGCAUGCACCUUGGAAACUCUACAGGGUUAUUAGUGGUCAUUUAGGUUGGGUACGAAGUGUUGCGUUUGAACCUGGAAAUGAAUGGUUUGUUACUGGAUCCAACGACAGAACUAUUAAAAUUUGGGACCUUGCCAGUGGUAAAUUGAAGUUGUCUUUAACUGGUCAUAUUAGUUCUGUACGCGGGCUUGCAGUUAGUGCUCGGAAUCCAUAUUUGUUCUCAUGUGGAGAGGAUAAGAUGGUGAAGUGCUGGGAUUUAGAGCAAAACAAGGUGAUCAGACAUUAUCACGGUCACUUAAGUGCGUGUUACGCCCUUGAUCUUCAUCCUACCAUUGAUGUUUUAGUUACUUGUGGUCGUGAUUCUUCUGCCAGGGUGUGGGACAUGAGAACUAAAGCAAAUAUUAUGACACUGUCAGGUCAUACUAACACAGUUGCUGAUGUCAAAUGCCAAGCUGCAUUGCCAGAGGUUAUAACAGCUUCACACGAUUGUACAGUUCGUCUGUGGGAUCUGGCUGCGGGAAAAACACGCUCCUGUCUUACAAACCACAAGAAAAGUAUCCGUUCCAUUGCUAUGCACCCGACACAAUACACGUUUGCUAGCGGGGCACCAGACAACAUAAAACAGUGGAAAUUUCCGGAUGGUGAUUUUAUACAGAACAUGUCAGGCCACAACGCUAUUGUUAACUGCCUUGCUUUAAGUUCUGAUGGUGUGCUGGUCUCUGGAGCCGACAACGGUACAGUGCAUCUUUGGGACUGGCGCACAGGCUACAACUUUCAACGUACAAAAGCGCCCGUUCAACCCGGUUCUCUGGACAGCGAGAGCGGCGUUUUUGCCAUGGCGUUUGACAAAAGUGAGAGUCGUUUAGUGACGUGCGAAGCCGACAAAACAAUCAAGAUUUAUAAAGAAGAUGACGAAGCGUCAGAGGAAUCGCACCCUAUCAAUUGGAAACCAGAGAUUGUACGAAAAAAGCGUUUCUGAAUCGGCAAGAAGACCUACGCAUUCCAGCUGUCUUUAUUUCACACGCCAAAGGUCGUUUACUGCGCUAUCAUCAUGUGCAACUGUUUUUUACCGUUUUCUAAUCAUAACACGACCUACGAUGCCCACUGCUGCGGCAUAGCUCUCUCGCAACGAAUUUCGAUAUAAAACUGAAAAUACUCGGCA